AUGAUAAGUACUGAAGCACGUGAAGGUUGUAGUGGGAGUGUAGAUAAAGGAAUAGUUAAUUGUGCUUUAACAGUCAAAACAAGACUCACAGGAAAAAUGAGGGUUAAAUUAAGUCUUGAUGAAGGAGUAGAUGGAAAUGCAUCGACGACCACAACUGUGAUAGACAGCAAAAAUGGAUCAGUGCCAAAAUCCCCUGGAAAAGUUCUGAAAAGGACAGUCACAGAAGACAUAGUCACGACAUUCAGCUCCCCAGCAGCCUGGCUCCUGGUCAUCGCGCUCAUAAUCACGUGGUCAGCUGUUGCUGUCGUUAUGUUUGAUUUAGUGGAUUACAAAAAUUUUUCAGACUCAAACAUAGCAAUGAUUAUGAGUGACCCUGUACAGGUUUCCAAAGAUGCUGUGGAAGAAACCACAGACUGGAUCUAUGGCUUCUUUUCUUUGUUGUCUGACAUCAUCUCAUCUGAUAGUGAUGACGAAGACGAUGUUGAGAUUGGAGACGAGGACAUUGACAAAGGAGAAAUUGAUGAGCCUCCCUUGAAAAGAAAAGAAAUACACAAAGACAAGUCCAAAGAGCAGGAUAAAUCUGAAAAGAAAACUAAUAAAGUUACACACAGAGAAAAAGAAAAAGAAAAGGCCAGAGGAAAAGAAAAGGAAAAAGGAAAAGACAAAGAGAAGCCUGAAAAGAAAGCAACUAGCAAGGAAAAAAAUGAGAAAAAAGAAAAACCAGAAACAAAGACAGUGGCAAAAGAAGAGAAGAAAGCUAAACCUAAGGAAAAGACUGAAGAAAAGACUAAAAAGGAAGUGAAAGGUGGAAAACAGGAGAAAGUGAAGCAAACAGCUGCAAAAGUAAAAGAAGUACAGAAAACAUCACCUAAAUCCAAAGACAAAGACAAGGAUGAUAAAGAUAAAGACAAGGAGACUGAUGCUGCGUCAAAGCACGCACAGAAAGAUCAGUAUGCAUUCUGUCGAUAUAUGAUUGACAUGUUUGUCCAAGGGGAUUUGAAACCAGGACAAAGCCCUGCCUUACCUCCUCCAUUACUGACAGGCCAAGCGUCCACAUCCACUCCAGCUUCAACUACUCUUGAAGGCAAAAAAUGUAAAAAAAAAAAAAAAAAAGUGAAAUUUACAUGUACCAUUAAAGCAUUUUUGUUGUUGUUGUUGUUUAAGGAAUACAAUUAUAAUGGGUCAAAAUGUAGGGGCUUAAACAUAUUUGCAUGUAAUGUUUAA